AUGGUAACAGCGUUACGGAAAGGGGCCCGAUGGGGGAGCAGGGACACUGGCGCUGGUGGCAGCAGCAGGACCCCAGACCGAGGCCGACCCCGGGCCGUGAGGCGUCACUCACGGGCCACGGUAGCGGGGCCGCUCGCACUGGCGCGGGACCUGCUGGCCGAGGGCGGGGAGCCCUUCUUUGUCCUCAACAGCGACGUGAUCUGCGAGUUCCCCUUCGUGGCGCUGGCCCGUUUCCACCGGCACCACGGCGGUGAAGGCUCACUGGUUGUGACCCGCGUGGAGGAGCCGGCCAAGUACGGUGUGGUGGUGAGCGAGGCAGAGACCGGUCGCAUCUGCCGCUUUGUGGAGAAGCCACGCGUCUUCGUGUCCAACAAGAUCAAUGCUGGCCUCUACAUCUUCAGUCCUGGUAUCCUGCGCCGCAUCCAGCUGCGGCCCACCUCCAUUGAGAAGGAGAUCUUCCCAGCCAUGGCACAGGAGGGGCAGCUCUACGCUAUGGAGCUGCAGGGCUUCUGGAUGGACAUUGGGCAGCCAAAGGACUUCCUCACAGGAAUGUGCAUGUACCUGCAGGCACUACGGGCCCAGCACCCUGAAAGGCUGCAUUCGGGGCCUGGUAUCAUAGGGAAUGUGCUGGUGGACCCCAGCGCCAAGAUUGGGGCAAAUUGCAUCAUCGGCCCCAAUGUGACCAUUGGGGCUGGCGUGGUGGUGGAGGAUGGCGUGCGCAUCAAGCGCUGCACAGUGCUGAAGGGGGCCCGGAUCCGCUCCCAUUCCUGGCUGGAAUCCUGCAUUGUGGGCUGGAGCUGUUCCGUGGGGCAGUGGGUUCGCAUGGAGAAUGUGACAGUCCUGGGUGAGGACGUCAUCGUGAAUGAUGAGCUCUACCUCAAUGGGGCUAACGUGCUGCCGCACAAGUCCAUUGCUGAGUCUGUGCCAGAGCCGCGCAUCAUCAUGUAGCAGCCCUCAGCUACUAGCUCUGGUUGGAUUAAAUAUUUAUAUUUCCUUCUA